AGUAUGACCGGUUGGUCAUGCAGGCCGAUGCCCUGGCCUUCAAACUCUUUCCGGAUUCACAGCCGCAUGCGCACAAGAAGGUAACGGAACGCAGGGCUGAGCAAGCCAUGAGCAACCCGGAUGCACCCUGGGAUGCUUAUGAUCACUUGGUCGCGCUCGCCGCCCGGAUCCAGCACAUGCGCGCUGUGGACCGGCACCUGGUCGAUCUGCCGGAUCGUGCCAUGGAGAUCUUCAAGGUGCUGUGGCCUGGGGAAGCGGUGCCGGUCAACGUGACGCUCAUCUCCAAUCGCCUCAAGGAUGCUUGCCGGAGGAUCCGCGAGUGGAAGUGCUCGGCGGCCCGUGCCGGAGCAGAUGCAGCGCUACGCGUUGCCUGUUCUUGGUACGAAGACCUGGACCUGGACGCUUUCCACAGCCUUCGCGGCGAUGCGCCCACUGAUAAGGACCCGGUCUUAACCGCAAAGCGGCAGGACCGUGCCUACCGGAUCGCGGAAUGCGCCCACCUCCGCACUUUCAUCCCUCCUCCUCCCGAUGUCAGGGACGCAGUCAGUGAAGACGAAGAAGAGGUUGAGGACGAGGAGGAUGAGGAAGCCGGAGAAGGCGAUGCCCCUCCAGAAGAAGGCGAUGCCCCUCCGGAAGGUCCUGAUGCUGGCCUGCAGCCCCUGCUAUCUGAAUGUCUCUUGUUAUGUGUUUGCUAUACCUGCUGCCUUAAAACAAUCUGUUAA